AUGACUGCUGAUGCAGAUGAUGAUGAGGAUGAUGAUGAUGAUGAGGAGGAGGAUGAUGAUAAUUUAGCACAUUCAACAACUGUAAUGUGUGGAUGUGGGGGAGGCGGUAGCUCAAGCGGAAGUAGCAGUUCUGGAUCCAGUUCCGGUUCCGGUGGAGGAUCUGGACAAGGAUGCCCCGCCCUCGGAAAUUGUCUCCCUUGGCAGAUCGUUCGUGACAGUAAGGGCUGUCCGAUCUGUAGUGACGGGGGUUCCGGUCAGUUCGGUCCAGGUUCAGGAGGGAUUAAUGGAGGUGGUCCUAACCAGGGAGCCAAUGGCUGUGAGGCUUACGAUCCCUAUUGUCCAAUGGGCUGUCGGUUUAUAGACUUCAGGACAGGCUGUUCACAACGCCCACAACAACAACAACUUCAACAACAACCGCAACUCCAACAACAACCACAACCACAACUCCAACAACAACCACAACUCCAACAACAACCACACCUCCAACAACAACCACAAUUUCCACAACUCCAACAACAACCACAACUCCAACAACAACCACAACUCCAACAACAACCACAACUCCAACAACAACCACAACUCCAACAACAACCACAUCUCCAAAAACAAUCACAACUCCAACAACAACAACAACAACAACCACAACUCGAACAACAACCACAACUCCAACAACAACCACAACAACCACAACACCCACAACUCCAACAACAACCACAACUCCAACAACACCCACAACUCCAACAACAACCACAUCUCCAAAAACAACCACAACUCCAACAACAACAACAACAACAACCACAACUCGAACAACAACCACAACUCCAACACCAACCACAACUCCAACAACAACCACUACUCCCUCAACAACCACAGCAACAACCACAACUCCAACAACAACCACAACAACCACAACAACCACAACAACCACAACAACCACAA